AUGUCUGACGAUAAAAGAAUUGAAUCCGAUGCAUUCGGUGAAAUUGCAGUUCCAUCCAAUAAAUAUUGGGGAGCCCAAACCCAAAGAUCAUUAGGGAAUUUUGAAAUUGGUGAUAUCAAAAUGCCAAUCCCAAUUAUAAAAGCAUUUGGAGUUUUAAAAAAAGCCGCCGCAAUUGUUAAUGAAUCUUAUGGAACAUUAGAUCCAAAAUUAUCCGAAGCGAUUAAAACUGCAGCCACGGAAGUUAUUGAUGGGAAAUUUAAUGAUAAUUUCCCCCUUGUGAUUUAUCAAACUGGUUCUGGAACCCAAUCUAAUAUGAAUGCAAAUGAAGUUAUUUCAAAUAGAGCGAUUGAAAUCUUGGGUGGUGUUAAGGGGACUAAGAAACCUGUUCAUCCUAAUGACCAUUGUAAUAUGUCACAAUCAUCUAAUGAUACAUUCCCAAGUGUGAUGCAUAUUGCCGCUGUGACAGAAAUUCAAGAACAAUUAUUACCAAAAUUAAAAGAUUUACGAGAUGCUUUGGAUGCUAAAGCUAAGGAGUUUGAAGAUAUUAUUAAAAUUGGUAGAACUCAUUUACAAGAUGCAACUCCAUUGACAUUAGGACAAGAAUUCUCGGGAUAUGUUACCCAAUUAACUUUUGGUAUUGCCAGAAUUGAACAAACCUUACCUAGAUUAUCACUCUUAGCCCAAGGUGGUACUGCUGUAGGUACUGGAUUAAAUACCAAAAAGGGGUUCGACGUCAAAGUAGCUGAAGAAGUUUCCAAAAUCACCGGAUUACAAUUCGAAACUGCCCCCAAUAAAUUCGAAGCCUUAGCUGCCCAUGAUGCAUUUGUCGAAGCUCCAGGUGCUUUAAACACAUUGGCAGUAUCUUUAUUUAAGAUUGCUCAAGAUAUUAGAUAUUUAGGUUCUGGUCCAAGAUGUGGAUAUGGUGAAUUAUCUUUACCUGAAAAUGAACCCGGAUCUUCAAUUAUGCCGGGGAAAGUUAAUCCAACUCAAUGUGAAGCUAUGACUAUGGUUUGUGCCCAAGUUAUGGGUAAUCAUACUACUAUUACUUUCUCAGGUGCCUCGGGACAAUUUGAAUUGAAUGUGUUUAAACCAGUUAUGGCAUAUAAUUUAUUAAGUUCAAUUAGAUUAUUAGGUGAUGCAUGUAGAUCAUUUAGAUUACAUUGUGUUGAAGGAAUCAUUGCUAAUAAGGAAAAGAUUCAUAAGAUUUUACAUGAAUCUUUGAUGUUGGUUACUGCUUUGAAUCCAAAGAUUGGUUAUGAUAAUGCUUCUAAAGUUGCUAAGAAUGCUCAUAAGAAGGGUAUUACCCUUAAAGAAUCUUGUUUAGAAUUGAAGAUGUUAACUUCUGAAGAAUUUGAUGAAUGGGUUAGACCAGAAAACAUGAUUGGUCCAAAGGACUAA